AUGGCUGCGUCAAACCUGCCACACACGAUCCGCCAGGGUAUCCUAAAUCUCCCCGGAAGUACCUCCGAGUCGAAGGCUAUUGUGGAGCGACUUUUGGAGGAAGAUAGGAACACCCAUCACUGUUUCUUCGGAAAAGUAGGACUGCAUAACCACCUCAGCCACCAUUUGUUAGCCGCGUAUGAUCUAGGGGCGCCUCCGGCUUUGUUGCAAGCGAUUUAUGAUGCAGAGAAGAGUGGCCUAUCUCCGAUUCACCUAGCAGAUCGUAAACAGGGCGUAGUUAAAGAGCAACCAAUCACAUUCACCGCUCAGAGUUGGACGGAGUAUCUUGGUCAAGAGAAAUACUACGCCAACUACGUCGCUUUUUUCUCUUCGGAAAUUGCAGCUCUCGGUUCGGGCGAAGUGCUAGAGAGAUACAUCUUCUCACCAGCUGCCAACGAAAAUGGCGCCCACGUUCUGUUGAGAUUUAUAGGUGGCGCAUUGCAUCCCAUCAUCCAGACUGGUUAUGCCGUCGAAUUCGGCAGUGACGCGAUGCUAGCCCAAGCGCUCGCUCAAACCGCAGUUCACUCCCCUUUUGUCCCUGAGAUUUUUGAUCUGUCGGAAACAGCACAGUCGCCUACUGUUCUCAGCAAGGCAGUCAAUCCGGCACACCGACAACCAUCCAGGGGCGCAUCACUCCUUGCCAUCCUCCGCCAAGCAUACGACUCACCGCUUCUUGCGCCCGUCAUGCCGUACGACCCCGAUGCGCCUCUGCGCGUCCGCAUAAGUGACGCGCUCGCCGAGCCCUCACGCCCAGCCGAGCUCCGCCGCCUGGCUGCACAGUGGCAGAUCGACACCGCGCAUGGGCAGGCUGAGCUCGACGCUAAGCUCGAGGAGCUCAUCUGGGCCGCGACGCUGCUUCUCGCAGGCACUGGGCGGCACGGGCGGGCUCCGCGCCUCGACUUCUUCCUCAUGCACUUCCUCAACGCGUCGCUCUUCGUGCCAUCGCUGCUCGCAGCCAUCCCGAGCAUGGCAUCGCGCGCAAAGCUGCUGCGCGCGCUCGUACCCGUCAUGCUCAUGUACCUUGAGAUCCGCGGGCGCCCGCGUAUCGAUCCUGCGCUGCUUAUGUCCUAUACGGCGGUGCCCACACCUCCGGGGGAACGUCCAAGCCCGGACGAGAGCGCGAUUGGCGACCCGCGCGACCCGAGGUAUGUUGAUCCUUGGCCGGCGAUGGUUGCGUCAGUACUGCAUGCGCCGGACCCGCACACGCUGAAGGCCAUUCGCGCGCUGCAUUUUGCGGCACAGCGAUAUGGGCGAACACCACCGGGCGGCGCCAUUGGCGCAUUCGACGCACGGGGAAUGGAGACCCACGAGGGCAUGGCGCGGGCGGAUGGGACGAUAUUCGUGAGGGCCGCAGGCGUUGUCAUGGACACUCUUGGAUGGGUCACGCACGGCCAGAAGGCUGGUGGGUGGGACUUCAGUGCGCUGGGAUGGGAUGAUGCUUGGAAAGAUUGA